AUAUUUGAUCGAUAGUCCCGCGGUCACACUGCUCCCUUGCCGCCGAAAAAAUCGCAAAAUUUGUGUAAAAAUUAAUUUGUUCGUGUUAAUAUUAAAAUAAGAAUACAAAAUGCCGCGUAUUAUGAUCAAGGGCGGUGUGUGGCGCAACACGGAGGAUGAGAUUCUCAAGGCGGCUGUCAUGAAAUAUGGCAAGAACCAAUGGAGUCGAAUUGCCUCGUUGUUGCACCGCAAGUCGGCCAAGCAGUGCAAGGCCAGGUGGUACGAGUGGCUGGAUCCAAGCAUCAAGAAAACCGAAUGGUCGCGCGAGGAAGACGAAAAGCUACUGCAUCUGGCCAAGCUGAUGCCCACACAAUGGCGCACAAUUGCGCCCAUUAUAGGACGCACUGCGGCCCAGUGCCUGGAGCGCUACGAAUUUUUGCUCGAUCAGGCACAGCGCAAGGAGGAUGGCGAGGACACAAUGGACGACCCGCGCAAACUGAAGCCGGGCGAAAUAGAUCCCAACCCAGAGACAAAGCCGGCACGGCCCGAUCCCAAAGACAUGGACGAGGACGAGCUGGAAAUGCUGUCCGAGGCUCGGGCCCGUCUGGCCAACACCCAGGGCAAGAAGGCCAAGCGCAAGGCGCGCGAGAAGCAGCUGGAGGAGGCCCGCCGCCUGGCCACGCUCCAGAAGAGGCGCGAGCUGCGCGCCGCUGGCAUCGGAAGUGGCAACCGAAAACGCAUCAAGGGCAUCGACUACAACGCAGAGAUCCCCUUCGAGAAGCGGCCGGCGCUCGGAUUUUAUGACACGGCAGAGGAGCAUCUGCAGAAGAACGAGCCGGACUUCAACAAGAUGCGGCAGCAGGACCUCGACGGAGAGCUGCGCUCGGAGAAGGAGGAGCGCGAGCGGAAGAAGGACAAGUCGAAGCUCAAGCAGCGCAAGGAGAACGAGGUGCCCACCGCAAUGCUGCAGAACAUGGAGCCGGAGCGCAAGCGAUCCAAGCUGGUGCUGCCCACCCCCCAGAUCUCCGACAUGGAGCUGCAGCAGGUGGUGAAGCUUGGGCGUGCCAGUGAGAUGGCAAAGGAGAUUGCGGGUGAGAGUGGCAUCGAGACGACCGAUGCCCUCCUGGCGGACUACUCCAUCACACCGCAGGUGGCUGCCACGCCCAGGACCCCGGCCCCCUAUACGGACCGCAUCAUGCAGGAGGCCCAGAACAUGAUGGCCCUCACCCACACGGAGACCCCGCUCAAGGGUGGCCUCAACACGCCCCUUCACGAAUCCGACUUUUCCGGCGUCCUGCCCAAGGCUGCCUCCAUUGCCACGCCCAACACGGUCAUAGCCACGCCCUUCCGUACUCAACGCGAGGGCGGAGGGGCUGCCACACCUGGUAGCUUCCUCACCCCAUCCUCGGGGGCCCUGGUGCCAGUGAAGCCGGGCGCCCCAGGGGUCCCCACACCGGCCUAUGUCCGGGAUAAGCUGAGCAUCAACCCCGAGGAGAGCAUGGGCGUGACCGAGACGCCGGCUCUCUUCAAGAACUACCAGAAGCAACUGAAGUCCACGCUGCGGGAGGGGCUCUCCACGCUGCCGACUCCGCGCAACGACUACGAGAUAGUGGUGCCCGAGCAGGAGGACAGCGAGGCGAUGGACACGAGCACAGAGCCCGCCAUCGAGGACCAGGCCGAUGUCGAUGCUCGCCUUCUGGCCGAGCAGGAGGCGAAGCGAAAGCGCGAGCUCGAGAAGCGCUCCCAGGUGAUCCAGCGCAGCCUGCCUCGACCCACAGAGGUCAACACGAAGAUCCUGCGGCCGCAGUCCGAGAAGCAGAACCUCACCGAGCAACAGCAGGCCGAGGAGCUGAUCAAGCACGAGAUGAUCACCAUGCAGCUGUACGACUCUGUCAGGGAUCCUGUGCCGGGACAGUCGCAGCACAAGCUGGAGCAGCUGCAGAGCUACUUUAAGGCGAACCCGUACGAGGAGAUCUCGCAGCAGGAGCUGGCCAAGGCCAAGAAAAUGCUCUGCGAAGAGAUGGAGGUGGUCAAGGAGCGCAUGGCACACGGCGAGCUGCCCCUGAAUGUCUACGCCCAGGUGUGGCAAGAGUGCCUGGGACAGGUGCUCUACCUGCCCUCCCAGCACCGCUACACGCGCGCCAGUCUGGCGAGUAAGAAGGAUCGCCUGGAGUCGGCGGAGAAGCGGCUCGAACAGAACCGUCGCCACAUGGGCAAGGAGGCCAAGCGCUGCGGCAAGAUCGAGAAGAAGCUGAAGAUCCUAACUGGCGGCUAUCAGGCCCGUGCCCAGGUGCUCAUCAAGCAGCUGCACGACACCUACUCCCAGAUUGACCUGAACUCCAUUUCACUGUCGACAUUCCGAUUCCUCGGCGAGCAGGAGGCCAUUGCCGUUCCGCGGCGCCUCGAAUCGCUGCAGGACGAUGUGCGACGACAAAUGGACCGAGAAAAGGAGCUGCAGCAGAAGUACGCCAGCCUGAUCGAGGAGCGUGAUGCGCUCUACAACGAGAUCGAGCAGAUCACCGGAGUGCGGCCCACGGCACAACAGCUCCUGGGCCCCGACCAUGAACCGGAGAUCCAGACCUAAGGUCAGAAGACGAAGGUUCUAUUGGAUUAUGAGAUGGGAUAUAUUAUAAAAGCAAGGACUACUUUGGAGAAAAAGCAAGGACUACUUUGGAGAAAACUGUGCCACUACAAACCUGGAGUACAGGUUCUCCAUCAAAGUGGCCGAUCUCUCAUCUGACAGUGGGCACGUUAAGAUUAACAUAACAUUUCUAUGUAAGAUGUAUUUAGCCGAUUUUUAUACCAAUAAAAAGUGUAGCAUACUUUUGGGGUG